AUGCUGAACAAUCACUAUCUCAAUUUAUCUAUCUAUCUAUCUCAUUCUUUUCUCAUCUAUCUAUCUAUCUAUCUAUCUAUCUAUCUAUCUAUCUAUCUAUCUAUCUUAUCCUCUUCUCAUCUAUCUAUCUAUCUAUCUAUCUAUCUAUCUCAUCCUAUUCUUAAAUAUCUUUCUAUCUAUCUAUCUAUCUAUCCUAUUCUCAUCUAUGGAUCUAUCUAUCUAUCUCAGUGUUUUCAUUAUCUAUCUAUCUAUCUAUCUAUCUAUCUAUCUAUCUAUCUAUCUCAUCCUAUUCUUAAAUAUCUUUCUAUCUAUCUACCUAUCUAUCCUAUUCUCAUCUAUGGAUCUAUCUAUCUCAGUGUUUUCAUUAUCUAUCUAUCUAUCUAUCUAUCUAUCUAUCUAUCUAUCUAUCUAUCUAUCUGUCUGUCUGUUCUGUUCAUAUCUAACUAUCCCAUCCUAUUUUUAUCUAUCUAUCUAUCUAUCUAUCUAUCUAUCUAUCUAUCUAUCUAUCUAUCUAUCUAUCUCAUCCUAUUCUUAGAUAUCUUUCUAUCUAUCUACCCUAUUAUUAUCUAUCUAUCUGUCUAUCUAUGUAUCUCUCCCAUCCUAUUCUUAUCUAUCUAUCUAUCUAUCUAUCUAUCUAUCUAUCUAUCUAUCUAUCUAUCUAUCUCAGUCUGUCCUUAUCUAUCUAUCUAUCUAUCUAUCUAUCUAUCUAUUUCAGUCUGUUCUUAUCUAUCUAUUUCAGUCUGUCCUUAUCUAUCUAUCUAUCUAUCUAUCUAUCUAUCUAUCUCUAUCUAUCUCAGUCUGUCCUUAUCUAUCUAUCUAUCUAUCUCUAUCUAUCCUAUCUCAGUCUGUCCUUAUCUAUCUAUCUAUCUAUCUAUCUAUCUCAGUCUGUCCUUAUCUCUCUAUCUAUCUAUCUAUUCAUCUAUCUAUCUAUCUAUCUAUCUAUUUUCAUAUCUAUGUGUUUAUGUUUAA